UUGCUUCAAAAUAUUUAAAAUUAAAUUAGAACAAUUUUUCAAAAUUAUUUUCUGUAUAGCGGACGUUAUUUACAAAAUUGUCCCUUCUAAAUAGUAAGUUGCCCUAGAACAGAUUUUUCCCUGCAAACUCUUUGUAUUUCUUGUUGAUGUGGCUACCUAAUACUUUGUUUAGUAGUUCGCGCGUUUUUCUGUCAUUUUUCAGAAAGAUUUUUUAUUUGCUGCAGCUUUAUUUAUUUUUGUGCUAAAUAAAGUGAAUAAAUCUAGUAUUUUUUAUUGUUUACUUUGAAUUGUAAAAAAUAUUAAGUGCAAAACAGAUUUGCGAAUAAUGCGCAAUUCUACAAGUGGUAGUACACCGAAAACAAAUACGGUUCAAGAUGAUAGUGUUUCAAACAAUGCAGAGAAAAUUAGUGCCAAAAAACUAAAACAAGCACGAUUACCAUUCAAAGUUAUUGCUCCCGGCACAUCGCCGGUUGGCUCAAAAACUACUACGGCACCGGCUGCAGUAGACAAAGAUAAAGAUACCAAUUCUACAGAUGGUAGAAAGCGUAAACUGUCUUAUGAUGACAGCGACGAUGAGGGUGCCAAUGUUAUUGAUGCCGACGAUAAUGUAAGCAAAGAAAAUGUUGAGAUAUUGAAGGCUGCAACUAAAAAAAAGAAAUUAUCCACUGUCUGUAAUAAUGACGCCACAUCUGAGAUAGUCGUUUCACUUUUGGAUGAUGACGUCGAUGAUGAUGAUGAUGAGGGCAAUAACCCUGAAGAUGUUGCAAAUUCUUCUAUUAGUGUUAGUGCUGUAAACAAAAAAGAUUUAGCUUUAAAAACUCCGAAAGCCACUGUUAAAGAUAAACGAAAAGGUGCGGGAACACCUCAAACAUCUAGUGCUCAAAAGGACAAACAUGGCAGUGCCUCAAAGUUGCAAAUAAAAUUACCCUUAAGUGCUGGCAAAAAGAAACGCAGAAAAUCAAAACUACAGCAAUUGUCCCUUAACAAUUCGGCGGCCGAAAGUUCUCAUAAUAAUUCGGCACAAGAAUUAUCGAGUGAUGAUAUUGAAGAUAUUGCCGUUGAAUUAAAUCCUCAUAAACGUAAAAAAUUAAAUACCGAAGAUGAUGAUGAAACCAAAAAAGCAAAAACAAGCCGUGACGAUCAGGAACAGGAGGUAGAAAUUAUUGCUUUGGACUCUGAAUCUGAGGAGGAGAAUAAACAAAAUAAAGGCACUGAAAUAAAAAAAGCAACAAAAAGGGUAACUUCCAAAAAACCUUCUAAGCAAAGUGUUAAAGGAUGGGCUGUUGCGAAAACUGCAAGCAAAGAAAAAGAAUCCAAUGCAGAGUCUUCUCCACAAAACACAAACAAUUCAUCAGAAAAAUCUUCCGAGAAUGAUGAUGUUGAAAACAUUAAACUUCCCGGUUCAUCAGAGGAAGAUGAAGAGGAGGAUGAAAAACAUAAAGAAGACCUGGACGAAAGUGUCUUAAGCGACAAUGACAAUGAGGCCGACGAUGAAACGGAUAAUUUAACAGGCAAGGCCGCUAAUAUUUCAUCAGAUAUUGGUGAAAAUUCAAAAUCAAACCCCAACAACACACUAGAAUCGCUAAAGGAUGGAAAGAGCACAAGUUCCUCGUCGAAAAAUCAAACACCCAAACAAGUUAGACUCAUGGAACAACGACGAAAGGCACGCGAAGAGAAAGAACGCAAACUUCAGGAUGAGAAAAUGAAAAAACAACAGGAGAAAGAAGACAAAGAAUUAUCAAAAAAACGUGAACGCGAGGAGAAAGAAGAACAACGCCGCAAAGAGCGCGAAGAAAAAGAAGAACAAAGGCGCAAAGAACGCGAUGAGAAAGAACGCAAACGUCUGGCCGAAAUAGAAGCGAAAAAUGAAGAGAAACGGAAAAAGAACGAAGCAAAGGAGGAAGAGCUGCGCAAAAAGGAAGAAGAACGCAAACGUAAAGAACAAGAAAAAGAGGAAGCUGAAUUAAAAAAGAAAAAAGCUGCUCAAGCCUUUACAAAAUUCUUUGUGGCGAAAACUCCCAACCAGACACAGCUUAAACAUGAGGAGGACAGCAACACUGGAGAUGACACUAAACAACUGGCAUUUAGGCCCUUUCAAAUUAAAGGUGACAUGAAGCUGGCACCCAUUGUGCGCAAAAUGUUUACGACGAAAGAAAGAAGUCGCUUAGAUGAGUUGUCAGGAAGUAGACAUGUCGAAGACGAUGAAGAAGUGGUAAGACGUAAACCAUUGCCAAAAACUCAAUUAUAUUUGAACGAAUUACGUUCCGGUAAGGUAUUGCCCGGCAAAUGGCGGCGGGCAUCAACUGAAUCAAAAGAUGAUGUCAUACUUGUUGAUGAUGAAUUGGAGCGUGUUGGUCAAGAGAUUGUUGAAGAUUCGCCGGCCUAUAUACGUGAAGAAAUGCGUGUUAAAUUCUACAAAUUCCAUGAUAAUCGUAGACCUCCAUACUAUGGAACAUGGCGCAAAAAAUCAUCACUUGUUAAGCCUAGAAAACCUUUUGCCCAGGACAAGAAAUUCUUCGAUUACGAUGUAGAUUCUGAUGACGAAUGGGAGGAGGAAGAGCCUGGAGAAUCACUGGAGGAUGGCAGUGAUGACGACAAAGAAAAAGAAUCGGAAGACGAAGACUAUGAGGUAGACAAUGAAUGGUUCGUACCACAUGGCCACUUGAGUGACGAAGAAUUGCAGAAUGAAGAUGAAUUCGGUAUGGGCGAUGACAAUACGCGAGAAGCACAAAAGGCAAAAUUGCAAAUAUUACAGCAGGAAUUUGCCCAAGAAAUGAAAAAGAAAACGGAAAAGAUUAAGCCUCGCUUAAUAGGAUGUAUAUGGACAGAUAUCAAUGGCAAUCAGCCGCCGGAAUGUGCAAGAAUCUUAUGGGAAACAUUGGAGAAAAAAGCCAUGCUUUUCACCGAACCUCCACUCGUGGAGGAACCGGAAGCAGAUAGACCGCCAGAACCAUCCUCACCUUCAAGCGCACCGAAUGGACAUGCAGACAAAACUACUACGGAUAAAUUAAAGCACAUCAGUUUAUCUGAUAACAUGGUAAAAGAUCUUACCCGGCUAGUACAUGGCAAUAAUCAUUCAAAGAACUUUUUAAUAAACGAAUAUAUUGCAUAUGUUGAAAAAACCGAGCUAUCUGUUAAGAAUGGGGAUUUGCGGAAACCUAUGAAGACGGUAGUGCGUGAUAAAAUCGAAGAAAUGGCUGAAUGGCAAGCGAUAGAUGCGACCGCUUCUACUAUGCAGGAUUUGGAACAAGCCAAUGAUGAUGCUACUGCUGACAGUACGAAGAAGAAGAAAAAGGGUAAAAAACGCUUGUGCUGGGUGGUUAAGCAAGAAAUGUUGAAUAAAAUGGAUUUGCCGUCUUUGGAACUGCAAAAUUCUUGGGAAUACACAUUGCCGCCCAAGUUUGUAAAGUCCGACAAGGAGGUUAAAACAGAUGAAAGCGAAAACAUUUCAACUACACCCGCUGUAGCAGAGGAUGGUGCAAAGGGAAAGAAUACUGCCGCAACAACACCGCAAAUAACAAAAUUCACAAAAGUUUUAACGGCUGAAGAAAAGGCCACAAAAUUACUGAAUUCACCUGCAUCAACAACAUCUAACGAUAAAUCAGGCGGCUCAGAACCAAAAUCAAAUACGCCCACCACGUCGAAAGAAAAAAAACGAGUGCCUUUACUAAUGUCUGUAGCUAGGGGUCAACAGAUUCCUACACCAGCUAAAAAUAAGUUGAUCAGUCAAUUCUUACAACAAAAGAGCAAAGACGACUUGAAACAAACUUCACCCUCAACAAGUAGGUCAAAAACUGUGACCUCGCCUCAAGUGGAAGAUGACGAUGUAGUGAUAUUGGACUGAUGUAUGAAAUUCUUUACAAUACAAAAGUGUCUUUUCUUAGCAUUUUACCGUCUACUCGAAAGAUUUUUACGUUUUAAUGUUUAUAUAGGAUUCGUGCACAGUCAUCCUCCCCCUCCUCAUUUAUAAAUAUAAAUAUACUGAGUAGGUGCUUAGUUAUGUUAUAUUCAUAUAUGUAUGUUAGCGUUGUAAGUAAUCAUCAUUUAUUCCCCUUUUAGUUUAUCUUUAAUUCUAGUUAUAUAUAUAUAUUAAAUAUUUUAAAAGUUCAUGUUUAAACAACAAAAAAAUCGUUAAAUUACAUCCCAUAUAAUUGAUAACAGCAAAUUGAAGGCCCAUUACGAAUUUUUCACAUCAUAUUAAUAUUUUAAAUAAUUGUUCGAAAGACGUAUUUCUAAAGUGGCAUUUCUCACAACUAAAUAAUAAACAAACAAAAAGUUGCAACUUAUUUAAUGCAAAAA